UUAUUAUAUCUUUUUAUUUUUGAAUUUUCAUAUCUUUGUUUUUACAUUUGUAACUCUUACUUCUAUUUUUCCCUCUUUUUUCAAUGAAAAUUUGAGAAUUUAUAAAAUGUUCAAUAAAGAUGAAGAUAAAAAGAAAUCUAAAAAUUAUGGGAUAAAAAACAACUAAAUUAAAGUUGAAUUAAUUAAAUCCAUAUAAAAUGAUGUAUAUAUGUUGAAACAGGUGACAUUGAAGAUGUUGGAAGGUAGAAGAAAUACAAUCAUUGUUGCUUCCCUUGUUGUUUCUUUGGUUCUAAGCCUUGCUUUUGGAUCUCCCCUGUUGGAUACUGAUGAGGAGGAAUAUAUAAAGCAUGUGCUAGCAACAAUCGGAAAGAGAAAUUGGAGUACUUAUAGAGAUUUAUGCCAGUCUGCGAGGGUCAGUUGUGAUUGCACAUAUGAAAACAAUACUAUCUGCCACAUUACCUAUAUAUAUCUGUCAUCGGAGGGUUUGGAAGGGAUGCUUCCAUCUCAGUUGAUGUCUAGACUGCCCUACCUUCAGUACCUUGAUCUCUCUGAUAACAAUUUAAGCGGCGAAAUCCCUCCGGAAUGGGGCAACUCCACCAAGCUUGUCUCUCUCUACCUGAAUGGAAAUCAGUUGACAGGUCUCAUUCCAAAACAGAUUGGAAACAUCACCACUCUUGAAAUAUUAUACUUGCAACAAAAUAAGCUACAAGGAAGCUUACCUGCGACACUUGGAGAUUUGGUGAACCUGACAACAUUGAACUUAGAAGUCAAUCAUCUAUCAGGAAGUUUACCUACAACACUUGAAAAUUUGGUGAAGCUGGAAACAUUAUAUCUUGGCUCGAAUAACUUUACUGGAAAGCUGCCGGCAUCUCUAGGAAAGCUAACCUCAUUGACCUCAAUUAAAAUCAGUGACAAUAACUUUGAAGGAGAAAUACCAACUUUCAUUGAGAAUUGGACAAAUGUUGUGAGCAUAGAGGCUCUAGCAAGUGGAUUGAGUGGUCCUAUUCCUUCUCAAAUUGCUCGUUUGACCAAAUUAACCGACCUAAGAAUCAGUGACUUGAAGGGGAGUUCAAAUUUUCCACCUCUUCAGUAUUUGAACGAAAUCGAAUAUCUAAUAUUAAGAAGUUGCAAUAUCACUGGGUUGUUUCCCGACUCCUUAAUUGGUUCAUUCAUGUACAGCAACAACCUCAUUUAUAUGUCCACGUUCCCCCGCUUGAAAACUUUAGACCUCAGCUUUAACCAAAUAAGUGGCCACAUUCCUUCCAACUUUAUGUAUCUUAGAAGAGUAGAGAACAUAUUUUUAACUGGAAACUUACUAAAUGGUCCAGUGCCUAAUUGGAUGCUAGAGGAAGGAAACAACAUUGAUCUCUCUUACAAUAAUUUUGAUCAUCCACUAUCUUAUAGCUGUCAAUCAGGAAAUACGAACUUGUUUGCAAGCUCGAGAACAAAAAAUAAUUCUAAACUUGUUUCUUGUCUCGACAACAAAUCUUGUUCUGACAAUUUGUAUGGUCUCCAUAUAAAUUGCGGUGGAAAAGAAUUAAUCAUUAAUGCUACUAAGUUUGAAGGAGAUGAAGAUUCAGGCAAGGCAGCAGUGUUUGUCUCAAGUAAAACAAAUUGGGGAUUCAGUAAUACUGGUCUAUUUUCGGAUGAUACUAGGUGUCCAGCUGACUAUACUCAUAGGAAUAAUCGUACCAAUGGUCUAUAUGAGACUGCUCGAGUUUCCCCAGUAUCUCUUACAUAUUAUGCGUAUUGUCUUGUAAAUGGAAACUACAACAUAAGCCUCCAUUUUGCAGAAAUUGUAAAUACAAAUGAUACAAUUGUUGGCCGUUCUGGAAGACGCAUUUUUAAUGUUUACGUUCAGGGGAAGCUAGUGCUGGAGGAUUUUAAUAUCGUAAAUGCUGCAGGAGGUGUGCUCAAACCUAUCAUAAAACCAUUCCAAGUUGCUAUUACUAAUAAUACUAUAGAGAUUCGAUUCUACUGGGCUGGAAAGGGGACAUAUUCCCUUGAGAGUGGAGCCUAUGGCCCUCUGAUAUCAGCCAUUUCGAUCGAGUACGCCGACUUUGUGCCUCCAUCAAAAGCUCGAAAACUCUUACCAGUAGGUGCAAUACUUGGAAUUGUGGCUGCAGUUGCCUUUAAUAUUGUUUCAAUCCUUGGAAUUCUAUGGUGGCAAGGUUGCCUUGGACGGAGAAGCAGACUUAGUCAAGAUCUCGAAGGUCUAGAUUUACAAACUGGUUCAUUCACGUUAAGACAAAUCAAAGCUGCCACAAAUAAUUUUGACGUUUCUAAUAAGAUUGGAGAAGGUGGUUUUGGUCCUGUUUAUAAGGGUUUUCUCUUGGAUGGCACUAUAAUUGCAGUGAAACAACUUUCGUCCAAGUCAAAGCAAGGAACCCACGAGUUUGUGAAUGAGAUAGGCUUGAUAUCUGCUUUGAAUCACCCACAUCUAGUUAAGCUUUAUGGAUGUUGUACUGAAGAAAAACAACUUUUGCUAGUAUAUGAAUACAUGGAAAAUAAUAGUCUUGCUCAGGCUAUGUUUGGACCGAAAGAAAGUCGAUUGAUAUUAGACUGGCCAAUAAGGCAGAAAAUUUGUAUUGGUGUAGCCAAAGGCUUGGCUUAUCUUCAUGAGGAAUCAAGAUUGAAGAUUGUUCACAGAGAUAUCAAAGCGACUAAUGUAUUGUUAGAUAAAAAUCUCAACCCCAAGAUUUCAGAUUUUGGUCUUGCCAAGCUUGACGAAGAAGGAAAUACCCACAUAAGCACACGAAUUGCUGGAACUUUUGGUUAUAUUGCGCCAGAGUACGCAAUGCGAGGUUACUUAACUGAUAAAGCAGACGUUUACAGUUUUGGCAUUGUGGCCUUGGAAAUAGUUAGUGGAAGGAGCAAUACUACUUAUCGAUCAAAGGACGACUGCUUUUAUCUGCUUGAUUGGGCACUUGAAUUAAAAGAAAAAGAGAGUUUAAUGGAGCUAGUUGAUCCAAGGUUAGGGUCCGAUUUCAACCAGAGAGAGGCAAUGAUCAUGAUAAAUAUUGCUCUGCAUUGCACCAAUGUUAUUCCAACAGAAAGGCCUAGCAUGUCUUUAGUGGUGGGAAUGUUGGAAGGCAAGGUUGCUGUGGAGGAGUUGGCUUCACAUCCAAAGGAGUCAAGAGCAAAGAUGAGUGCAAUGUGGACCAUUUUGGAACAGAGUUUGAAACGAAUUGACAAUCAGAACCAAGAAGAGAUUAUCUCUAUGGACAUCUCAAAUGCCAAUUAUUCUUCAACAUCAACGAGCAAAAAUGUAUUAUGAGUUUGAUUUUGUGACUCUUGAAACUACUUCUACAACUGCUUGUAAAGCCUUAAAUGAUAUGUUGUGAUCAUCUCUAGAUUUUGAUUUUCUAUUAUAUGCACAAUUUACAUAUCUUCCUUCCAAAUAUAAUGUAAACUAUUUAUUUCUAUUGAGAUGACUCUUUUCUUAUUAAUUACACCAAAUUCGACAA